CAAGCGAACAGCUAAUAGGAAAUGAGACGCGUCGUGUUAACGCAUCUGAUUGGCUAGGCACGCACUUUAAAAGCAGUCUCACAAAUAUGGUUGUUUGUUGCAAGACAUUGUGAGCGCGAGCGGCUGGAUUUAAGAAUUUUCUUCGAUCGUUGCGAACGAAAUGAGAAAUGCUUGUGGCUUGAUUAUGGAAGGGGGUUCGGUUGAUGAAUACACGUGGGAUGCCCUUUCUCAAAUCUAUAAUGAUAACAGACCCAAAGCUCCUAUGGUCGAACAAGGGGAGUCAACAAGCUCAGAAAGCACCUCUACGGAGCCCCCGUCAAACAUUGUCACAUCAUGGGGAAAUGGCACAACUACUUCAGCUCCUGGUCAAGCCCAUAAAGCCGUUCCUUUUCAACCACGCAGAGUGCCAAAACGACCUGUGCCCAAAAAUGAAAAGCCGACAGGUCCUACAACAUGCCCUGUCAUCAAGAAAAGAAGAGUUGUAGCAGCUGCCACAGCAAGAGGAGUUUUUGAACAUCGCCAGAGGAGCUCAACAUCCAAGUCUGCUCGACGCAGCAGUCCUGGUGUGCGGAAAAGCAUUAGAUUGAGGAACAAACACACUGUGUCAAAGACCCCGGAUGUCAUCUCGCAUACCGUGUCUAUCUCCAAUGCUGCUCAGCAGAAAAGUUCAGAGCAAUAUGAGUUGCAGCGUAUUGAAACUCUUCUAAAGGAGGUGGCUGAACAGAGGCGUAAGAAUGAAGCGAGCUACAAGGCUGCACUGGCCGGCUAUGCUUGUGGCUUGAUUAUGGAAGGGGGUUCGGUUGAUGAAUACACGUGGGAUGCCCUUUCUCAAAUCUAUAAUGAUAACAGACCCAAAGCUCCUAUGGUCGAACAAGGGGAGUCAACAAGCUCAGAAAGCACCUCUACGGAGCCCCCGUCAAACAUUGUCACAUCAUGGGGAAAUGGCACAACUACUGCAGCUCCUGGUCAAGCCCGUAAAGCCGUUCCUUUUCAACCACGCAGAGUGCCAAAACGACCUGUGCCCAAAAAUGAAAAGCCAACAGGUCCUACAACAUGCCCUGUCAUCAAGAAAAGAGUUGUAGCAGCUGCCACAGCAAGAGGAGUUUUUGAACAUCACCGGAGGAGCUCAACAUCCAAGUCUGCUCGACGCAGCAGUCCUGGUGUGCGGAAAAGCAUUAGAUUGAGGAACAAACACACUGUGUCAAAGACCCCGGAUGUCAUCUCGCAUACCGCGUCUACCUCCAAUGCUGCCCAGCAGAAAAGUUCAGAGCAAUAUGAGUUGCAGCGUAUUGAAACUCUUCUAAAGGAGGUGGCUGAACAGAGGCGUAAGAAUGAAGCGAGCUACAAGGCUGCACUGGCCGGCUGUCAGCCACCUAAGCAAGUGAUGUCCACCACCAUUCCAAAAGAGUUUAACUUCCAUUCAGAUAACAGGUUGAAGAACCACACAGAUCGAUCUUCUGCAGAAGACAGCUCGUACAAGGAGAUAAACUUCACUUCUCAGCUCCGCAAACACCCAGCUUCACCUGGCCCGAAGGGAACAACCAUUCCCAAACCCUUUAACCUCUCCAGAGGCAAACAGAAGCUGGAAGAGACUGGGAUCUACGUGGCGAUGCCCCAGCAGAUUGAGCAGUUCCAGAAACGCACGCCUACCCGUUAUCACCUGCGUAGCCGGCAAUGCCAAGAGAGAGGACCAUCACCGGUAAAGCCAGAUAAGCCAAAGAUCACACACCCUAAAACUCAACAGCUGAUGACUCUACACCGGCCCACCGUGGAAAAACCCCCAGCGCCAAUUAAGGCACUUGCUGUGCCCCAUUUCCAGCCCUUCCUCCCCAAACCUCUCGUCAAGAGCCAGGUGGAAAUGUGUCCCUUCUCGUUCGAGGAGCGUGACAGGGAACGGAGAGCGAAGAAGGAAAAAACACUAGAGGAACUGCGACAUGAAAAGGUGCCGAGGUUCAAGGCCCAACCUCUUCCUGACUUCCAUGAAGUGCAUCUUCCUGAGAAAAAGGUGUUCAAGCCCACCAAACCUGUUCCAUUCAGACUGAUGUUAGAUGAACGAGCAGCAGCGAAGGGUGAACGCAUGCUGAAAGAGGAAUUGAAAUGUCAGGCUGAAGCUGCAUGUUUUAAGGCUCGACCGAACACAAUAGUCCAUAAGGAGCCUUUUGUACCAAAGAAGGAGAAUCGCUCCAUAUUGGAGAGGCGGGCCAAGGAACGGCUGGAGUUUGAGAGGGAGAUGUGGGAGAAGGAGGCUCUGAAGGCUCACAUGGAAAAGGAAAGAGCUAGAGAAGAAGAAGAGCAAGAAAAAGAGGAGAUCACAAGGCUGCGGCAUGAACAGGUGCACAACGCUCAGCCAAUCAGACGCUACAAGCCUGUUGAAGUGAAAAAGAGUGAAAUGUCCCUCACAGUGCCACACUCUCCCAAUUUUCAGAUUGUUUCCGCAUGUAAAAUGCAUUACGUUAACUUAACUGUACAUAGUUCUUUUUAAUGUCUGUUGUUACUACUUAUGCCUUUGCAAUACAAUCUCUUGUGAGCAAAGUUUUAUUAUUGUGUGGCUUUUAAGCCUCCUUUGUCAUUUUUGGUCUAGUAAAUAAGGGUUGUGACGACUGCUCUAACUAGUUCUUAAAUUGUUUUAUGUAUAUGCAGCAUCUUUUUAUU